AUGGGUCCUCUAUCUAGUUCUGCAUCGGGCGAUAAGCUCGCCCUCAAGGAUGCCGGAGGGAAUAGCGCCCUAGGAUCUCGACCUUCGCAACAAGAUCAGUACACCAUCCUCCUCCCCGCGCAGAUCCCCUUCAAGACGGAAAAGACUCUCCUCUUCCUCGGAGUUUACGAUGGACACGUAACAUCCGACGUCUCCCUCCACGCCAAACAACACUUCCACCGUCUCAUCCUCGAAUCCCCCGAUAUCCAAGCAGGUAGCUACGAGAAAGCCAUCGAAGGCGCCGUUCAGAAAGAGGAUCAACUCCUGCUCGACCAAUUCAGAGCAGGGAACGAGGUGUUUGGUAAAUCAGGCUCGACCUUCUCCGUCUGCCUGGUGGAUCUCACGGACGGGGUCCUCGUGGUGGGAAACCUAGGGGACUCGCACGUUCUGCUCGGUGAGCACUAUCCCAAUGGCUGGGAGGUGCAACGAAUCACAAAGGCACACAAACCGGGCUCCGAUACUGAAAAGGAGCGUAUCAAAGAGGCAGGGGGAGUAGUGAAUCGGGAGCUUGGGUCCCCGCGAAUCGCCGCAGGCGCCCUGAAUAUGUCCCGCGCGCUCGGAGACCUCCAGUACAAAGCACCCCUAAUCAACGCGGAUGAGCCCUUCUCUCUCGAGCAGGAGAUUGCCGGGUUCAACCCUGACAAGGAACAGGGGGAUCUCCUGUCUAACCGACCGGCGAUCUCGCGGAUUGAGCUCAAGGAGGACAGGAAGUACAUCGUUAUUCUUACGACGGAUGGGGUGACGGACGAAAUGGAGGACCGGAGAAUCCUUGAUCAGGUCGUGGCGCAUUGGAAUUAUGGGACUCGGGCGGAGGGUGUCGCGGGUAAGAUCACGACGGAGGCGACGGGGGGCCCGAUGAGUGAUAAUGCAACUUGUAUAUGUGCUUUUAUUUAUGGGAGACAGGCAGCAUGA